AUGGCCGGUGCAUCCGAAUUCUACGUCCCCAUAUCUGCCAUAACCCCGUCCGCGAAUCUUACCAAGAACGGUUCCGUGUCUGGCACAGGCGACAAAGUUCACUUUGGCACUCUCUCUGUGACCAACAAGACCACAGACACCAAGAAGAGCACCGACCGCGUCCUGAUCUUCAACACCAAAGAGCUGAAAGACCUCGUAAAGGUCGAAUUUCCUGUGCUGGACCAAUGGUUUGAAGAAGAUGUUCCAAUAUACCAGCAUCCCAAGGACCCGUAUAAGAGGGUUGAUAUCUUGAACUCGACGAGAAAUGUGAAAGUGGAGCUGGACGGCGUCAAGCUGGCGGAGAGCAGCAAUCCCCUCUUCCUGCUCGAAACAACCCUCCGUACGCGGUACUACCUCCCACCGACCUCCGUCAACUGGGAAGUUUUAAGCAAGAGCGACACGAUCACAUACUGUCCUUACAAAGGGCGCGCAAACUACUACAACGUUACAGUCAAGGGGAAAGAGUACAAGGACCUGGUGUGGUACUAUCAGUAUCCGACAGCGGAAAGUGCGGCGAUUGUGGGGCAUAUGUGCUUUUACAAUGAGAAGGUUGACAUCUGGAUCGACGGAGUGCAAGAGGAGCGAUAG